GGGGGAAAAGAAACAUUUUUUUGUCAAAGAUAUGAUGAUAUACAAAAGGAUGACCAAGGUGUACCCCUGGCUGCCCUGACUGACUGGCGUCCGGUUGCUCUAUCUCCAUCUCUGGCAGAGGCUUACUCGGCCCUAGCUGCUCUCCAGUUGGCUAAAUACUUGGGAUAUCAUGCAAUUCAUAUUGAAGGCGACUCUUUACUUGUUUAUUUAGUAAUCAACUAUUUGCAUAAAAGUUGAUUUUACAUGCUGGGACUUAUAUAUAUAUAUAUAAAAUAAUAAAAUUAAGUGGCUAAAAUGAAGUACACAGCAUCACAACCUUAUCCAAAUAAAAGUAAUUAAAUGGAAAAUUUUGCAGAAUCACAAAAAUAGGAAAAAGGAUGCACUAGUUCAAUCCUACCCCAUAAGCCUUCAUGAGCAGAAUGGGAAAAUAUGUGUUCCUCUGCAGCCUCUUCUGCUCUUCCAACCGCCUCCACUUCUUCUCUCCCUGCCUUCUGCGGUGUCAGCCACCACUGCUGUAAAAUCAGUUUCGCUACCUCCCCUCUUCCUCUUCCUCUUCGCCACCACUACUGUCAUAACCAUCCUUUUAAGCUAAGAGUUAUAAAUGAGUCUCAAAAGACCGAUCAGUUCUCUCCUGAUGCUACAACUGAGAGAUCGCAAGCUGAUAAACUUGUUGAUGGCAUGGACUUUGGUGAGCUUUGCAAUGAGUUUGAGUGCAUCAGUAGCCCCCUUGUGGAAUCAACAGCUAGACAACUUGCACGAGAUAUCCUAGAGCUCCGUGAAGGCAAUCGUGCCUUAGGAACUUAUGCAGUGUUUGUCAAAUAUAAGGAUCCAGUACGAAGUUUUACUGGUCGUGAAAAAUACAAGAGGCUGCUAUGGGUGACUGGUGCUCUGGAUAAUCCCUCUGUGACUGUGCAGGAAAUGGUGAUGUUGUCAACCAGUGUCUUGAGCAUCAGGUGGACAGUCAAAGGAAGGCCAAAAUCUUUCAUUGCUAGCAUAGGAGGAGAUCUGAUAAUAAGAGUGAAUUCCCAGUUCAUAUUAAACCAGAUUAGUGGCCAAGUGUUAGAGCAUGAAGAAUUCUGGGAUUUAUCAGACUCAUCAGCAGCUGGUCAGGCUUUCUUUUGGACAUCCCGUCGCCUAUUUGCAGCCGGAGAAGCUGGAAAGGACUUUGUGGAUUUCAUUAACAACUUCACGAGCCUUAUUUCAACCAAAGAAGAGAACUUGGAAAUUUAUCGCGACCCCUUAGGCGAUCCAAUGAAGUUCUUUCAGAGGGAUGACAGCUUUCAAAGAGAUGCAUAUCAAAUUGCACUGUUCCUGGCAGUCCUUUAUUUUGUUGUACAGUUCUUGAGAACAACAUUGUAAAACUUCUUGCCAAGAAGCACCAUUGGACUUGGGUGGUCUUUUGUAGUUAUGAUUGUAAUAUCAUGAAUCAUGACCAUUUCACUCUUAAAAGUUUCCUUUCACAGUA